AUGAUGAAAGGAUUUUUUCGCAUUUACAAGCAAUUCUUUCCUCAUGGUGAUCCUUCAAGAUUUGCAUCUCUUGUUUUCAGAGUUUUUGAUGAAAAUAAGGAUGGUUCCAUUGAAUUUGAAGAGUUUAUCAAAGCACUUUCUGUGACAUCUCGUGGUAAUCUUGAAGAGAAACUAAUCUGGGCAUUUAAAUUGUACGAUGUUGACAACGAUGGUUUCAUAACUCGGGACGAAAUGUAUAAUAUAGUUGAUGCUAUUUAUCAAAUGCUUGGUACUCAUGCAAAGCCUGGAGAGGAGGAAGAGGAAACACCAAAGGAAAGGGUUGAUCGUAUCUUUGAACAAUUAAGAUAAUUAGCAAAUCAUUUGAUUAGAUUGUUUGGCUAAAAGGAACAAUUAAAAUGUGAGAGUUUCUCUUCUUUCGAUGGAAAUGAUUAACCAUUGGAAGAGAACAAGUGACAUUGGGGGCGUCACUUCAUUCGACUAUUUUCCCUCUUUUAGAAAAGAAAAUUUUUUUUUUUUUCAUUUUGUUCACUUU